AUGUCUAGUAUUACAGCAUCUUCUCCAUCAACAAUGAGACAAAGGAAACGUGGAUAUCCAAGAGGUUUAAAUAUACAUUCUAACAAUGAUAACGAUAUAAAUGGCAAUGAAGCACAUCCAAUAUCGAAAAAAAGAUCUAUCUCUUCUACUUUAAUGAGUUUGUUUAAGAAAGAUCCACAAACAAAAAAUAAAGAUUCUGCAAAUUUAUUAGAACCAACUCAGACUCAGAAUAAAUACUUAAAUAAUGAUAUGGUUCCAGAUUUACCUUCUUCAUCAUUCUUACAACAGGAUAAUGUUCAAAAUUAUAAAGUACCAUUUAAUAGUGAAAAUACUAUUAUGAAAGGUAAUGGAAAUUCGAUCUUACUAUAUGAAUCAGAAGAUAAUUCAAGACCUCCUGUAUUACCUUUGUUACCGAUUCAAAGAUUACGUUUGUUAAGACAAAAACAAGCAAUGAGAUUACAAUCAGAAAAUAAACAGUUGGAAUCAAUGAAAAAUAUUAAAUCUAGAUUAAUUACAAAUGGCGGAAGACAAGAUCAAUAUGUUGAUGAUAGUAUUUCAAUGACUAAUAAUAAUGAUGAUGAUACUAAUAAUAUUAAUAAUAAUACUGUAAUUUAUCAUAAAUCAUUUACACCUUCCCCUAUAAAAAAUAUUCCGUCAAAAAAUGGUAAAAAUAUAACAGGAAUCGUAUCACCUGGUGAAUUACCACCAAUUGCAUUGAAAACCUUACAAAAUAAGAAUAAAUAUAAGAAAAGGCAAAAUAAAAAUAAAGGUUCCGUAUGGGCAGCUGCAUUUGAAUAUGAUGUUUCUGAAAAACCUGAAGUGACUAAUGAAAUCAUUCAUAAUACAGUAACUAUUACUGACAUUGAUGAUAAAAAUAAUAACACCAGUUCUUUGACUACUAAAUUGAAACCAGAUUCAUUGUUCAAUUAUAACAACAAACCUGCGGAUAAUAAAAAGAUCUCGUUAACAUCGACUCAAAGAAAUCUAUUACAAAAUGGUACCGAAUUAUCCAAGAACAAGACUGCUACAAUUACAUCCUCUUCAAAAUCAUUGUUGAAUGGAAGUGUUUCUUUGAAAAAACUACCAAUGAAAAUUACUUCUAAUGAUGCGAUGAACUCCAACAUUGAAAAGAAAAAUUCUACUGUUUUGUUGCCUACUGUAGGUUUUGAUUUCAUUAAGGAUAAUGAUACUCCAUCAAAGAAAUCUCCAGUGGCAAAACCAUUAGGUAUUAACAUUGAUAAUAACCUUGAAGAUCAGAAAAUAAAACCUUCAUUUUCAUUUAAUACCAAAUCUAAUGCGUCCAUAACGAAACCUAGCUCUAAUGACACUCCUUUACCUAAACUAUCCUUUAACUUACCUAAAUCUACCACAUCGACACAACCUUCUGUUAAGGCUCCAUUUUCAUUCGGCUUAAAUAAACCUCUUUCAAGUUCAAAUGAAAACGUUGAUGAAGAAGAACCAAGAAGGAAAAAACGUGCUCAACCUGACAUAUCGAUUGAUCUAACUAAAGGCACUGAUAAACCUAUCUUCUCCUUUGGUAAUUCUAUUGGAAAUGAUAUCACUACUAAAGAGACAACACCAGUUGACAAGAUCACCCCUACACAACCAUCCUUUUCGUUUGGUGCCUCGAAGGUAGCAGGCGGUAAUAACACAAAAGUGGAAUCCAGUUCCGCAACUGAACCUAGUUUCUCAUUUGGUACUAAACCAGCCGUAGAAACAAAUGUUAAGCCAAGUUUUUCCUUUGGUGCAAAACCGUCUCAAGACUCUACUACUAAACCAUCAUUUUCAUUUGGCACAUCAGUUACGAAACCAAAUGAACAGGCUCCAUCAAUUGGAAAGACUGCACCAGCAUUUUCGUUUGGUACUACUUCGAAGGUUGCCGAAACUGAUAAGGUGACCGAUAAACCAACUUUACCAAGUUUUACAUUUGGCGCGGAUAACAACAACAAAGACUCUGCAACCACUGAAAAACCGAUUUUCCCAAAUGUUGCGAAUUCAGUUACCUCCUCUAAAGAAACAAGUACUACUCCUUCAUUUAGUUUUGGGGCGAAGCCUGCUGUUACAGGAACAGUACCAGCUAGUGAUACUUCGAAGCCAUCUUUUUCCUUCACUGCACCUUCUGGCGGAGUCACUGCUGCAAAGGAAAGCACAGAUACCACUCAGAAACCAUCUUUUAGUUUUGGUAAGCCAGCUACUACUUUAGGAAACGUAGGUACAUCUGAUAAGCCAGCAGUGCCCGGUUUUAAUUUUGGAACUAAAGGAGAAAAUUCUGCUAUCUCUGAACCAAAACCAACACCUCUAUUUGGUGCUAGUAAUACUACAUCUGCGGGAUCCAGUGCUACACCGGUUAACCCUUCGUUCACAUUUGGUAAGAAACCCGAAGAGGCAAAGAGUACAACACCGUCUGUGCCCUCCACAACUGGGUUUACAUUCCAGAGAGUACCACCUACCGUUGGUUCAACAACUACGAACCCAUUGAUGGGAACAAGUAAUGUGGAUACUGGUAACGCCCCAUCUAUGUUCACAUCUCCACCAACUGGUUUCAAUGUUAAUCAAGAUGCUAGUAAUAAUCCUCUACUAAAUAACAAGACUAUAGCGCCUAGUAAUGGAACACCUGCAUUCAAUUUUGGUAUGAAUAACAAUACUAAUAACCAAAACAAUGUUGGAGGUUCAGUUUUCCAAACUAAUAGCAUGGGAAACAAUUCUUCAUUUAAUUUCGGUGCUCAAAACCAAAUGUCCAAUAACAUAUCUCAACCUCCAUCUCAACCUGCAUUCAAUCCUUCCACCACAGCUAACUUCAACUUUGGUUCUGCCGGAGGUAACCCAGCAGCUAUUUUCAGCUCAUCUGGAUCAUCUAUACAACCUCAACAAAUAUUUGGAGGUUCUUCUAACGGGAGCGCAAUGGAUAAUAGUAAUAUUAACAGUAGCAGCAGUCCCGCCGUACCUGGCUUUAAAGGAAGAAGAGUAUUAGCAAGAAUGAGGGCACCAAGAAGAUAA